GUCACACUGUCGAUAAUGUGUGCUAUGUACUGCGUCACUGCUUUACAGAUCAGGACAACCCUCACAUCAGAUGUGAAUGGCCGUCGUUGUGACAACAGCCAAACGGAGUGUGAUGGAGAUCAAGGUGGCAGCACAGGACCACCACGCUGUCAGGGACCAGUUUGCCUGCCUGAUACUCAGUGUGCGCACUACUCAGCACUUAUCCAGAGCCCUAACUACCCAAAGUCCUACCCACCCAAUCAGGAUGUCUACUGGUUCCUCAAGUUGACCAAAGAUGUCAGGGUUGAUGUUCCCAGGGAACAACGUCAUGUUCGGAUCCUGGAGUUGACCGUGAGCUCAGUAAUGUUGAAGUGGAGCCCAUCUACAAUUAAACCCACAGGCACCAUCACUUACAAGGUGUACUAUGGUCUCCAUGGCAACCAGUCAACCCUGGCAGGAUUUCACCUGGUCACGGGCAGGUGGUACUACAAUCUGACAGGCCUGAGCAGUUCCACCUCGUAUUUCGUUUACGUGGUCGAAGUGAUGGAUUGUGGGCGUGAGGACGUCGGUCACAUGGUCAAUUUCACCACCAGAAGCAGUAAUCCUGUUAUGUCUCUGCCUGACCCUGUGGAUCUGAAGGUAUUGGAGGUGGAUCCUGGCACUGUGUUUGUUAGCUGGACAACAGCCAGCCCCUUUACCGGCCCACUGAGUGGAUAUCGGUCUUGGCUUGGAACUGUGAACUGUAAGAUGAAGAUUACCUUUGGACUGUGGGCAGCAGCUUGUGUUCAAAAGGAUCUGGGAAUUGGUGCCAGCGAGUCUGGGAGGAAACGUGACAGUUAA